AUCCCCAAAUUAUUGAAAAAGGAGAGAAGAAAAAGAAAUUUAGACGACAAAUAAUGGCCGGACGAGUUGGUUUUGUUUUGGGUUUCAUUGCUGUUGUUUUUGUUCACCAUGCCGCUGCCCAGAAGGUGCACGUCGUAGGUGAAACCACGGGUUGGACGAUUCCAUCGACCGAGACUUUCUAUUCUGAAUGGGCUGAUAAAAACACUUUUGCUGUUGGCGAUUCUCUUUCAUUUAAGUUCCUGACCGGAGCACAUGAUGUACUUCAAGUACCAAAAGAAUCCUUCGAAGCAUGCAACUCUGAUAAAGCCAUCGGCAGUGCCCUCACGACCGGCCCUGCGACUGUGAAACUGGACACUGCUGGCGUGCACUACUUCAUUUGUACCGUUGGUAAACACUGUUUGGGAGGUCAAAAGUUAGCUGUCACCGUCUCAUCCUCCUCUACCACCCCUGGUGGUGCAGUGUCACCUUCCCCAAGCACUUCUGAGGAGCCAUCGACAACUGCAAAUUCUCCGUCCUCGUCCGUACCUAAAAGCGGUGAAACUCCUGCAGCUCCAGCACCUUCCUCCUCCACUGCAGUGAUGGCAACUAUUUAUGUCACUUUGUCCGCCAUUGUUAUGAACUUGUUGUUCUAAAUGAGGAAUGUAUUGUACAUGACACACUCUUUUCUCCUUUUUCAUAUAUUUAUUUAUAAGUAAAGAUGGGGCUGUUGAUCGU